GUAGUACAAAGUUUACUAGUAAUCAAUGGCGUGACAUAGCAUAGCACACUUAAAACUACUUGAAGAUCAUUUGUAUAGGUUGUAUUGAAUUUAUAUAAAAAGUAACGUCGAUGUGGAGAUAUUAUACUAAUGUUGUGUUUCUUCAUAACCAAGUAAUCGAGUAAUUUAAGUUACUUCUUAAUGAAUAAUAAGAAUUAUAUACUUUAUUCAAUCUAAAAAAUAACAAGCUAUACUGAAUGACAGUGGAAUACAAAUUCUCUGCUAGCUACUGCAUUAUUAGAUUCCGUUAAUAGGGCAGCCAUAAAACAUUUUAAUCUAAAGAACUGAUGGAGCAACAAAGAAUGAAACGAUCGUGUGAUGUAAUUACAAUAAAACUAAAAUGACAGUGCUUGUGAUAUGUAAUAGCCAGUUAAAUGCAUCGUGAACGAUGGAUACAUCAAAUUUAAGACAUGUUAUGAUCUCCGAUGAAAAAUGUAAAAAAGAACAAACUUAAACAUGGGUAGCAGAGGAGUCGGGGAUAUUCCUACAAUAUUUCAUCCCCAGCAGACUCAUACCUCAAGUAUUAUUCUUGGUGAUAAUCAGCAGAACCAUGGCUCUCAAAACACUGCUGGACAAAUUACUCAUGACAAUUCUGGCUGUGAACAGCAACAAGGAUGUAGCGUUAGUGGUGGCUGUGGUGAUUCUGUACCGAGUUGUCGUUCUUUGGAAACAACUAGAAGUGGAGUUGGUUCUGGAGGGAGUGCAGAUAAUCAAGGGCACAAUACAAGUCAAACUCAAGUUCAGCCUCAUGUGACAGUACCACCAGUUACUUAUCAACAAAGGCCCAACUCCUUAUCCACUUGUUACACAUCUUGUUGUGCCGAAUCUGCAAAAAAGAUAUAUUUUGGAGUGUGCGUCACAAUAUGUGUUACAGCAAGUUGGGUCGGUGCAACACAUUGUAUCAGAUAUUUGUAUUUUUACAAAUACGAAACUCCUAAUUAUUCAUCGUUUUCUAACUCAUCUAUUACAGGGCGUCAUCAACAUACAGCUUCAUACAAUGCUCCAUUCUUCACAACCUGGUUUUGUACGAAUUGGGAAAUUCUUUACUUCCCAGUUUACUUCCUUUGCCAAUCUGCAAGAAUCAAAUGUAAUACUCCAUCUGAAAUAAUUGCAGAGAGUUUACGAGGUUUCCGCGACAAAGGAUUUACCGGUGGUCGUUUUUUGAUCAGAUGUAGUCUUUUUUGUGGUCUCUGGGUAGUUACAAACUAUAUGUAUAUUUAUUCGCUCAGGAUACUACUAGCUACCGAUGUAAUGGCACUUUUCGCAACCAACGUAUCAUGUGUAUAUUUGUUAUCAUGGGUGAUCCUUCAUGAACAAUUUGUUGGAGUAAGGAUAGUAGCAGUGAUUUUAUGCAAUACUGGAAUUGCACUUUUAGCGUACAUGGAUGGCAUUACUGGAAGUCCAACUUUAGGUGGCGUUGUUCUGGCAACAUCGGCAGCAGCUGGUUCGGCAGUUUACAAGGUGCUGUUUAAGAAAGUCAUAGGAGAAACAACAUUUGGUCAAAUGUCUUUAUUCUUUUCUCUUAUUGGGUUGUGUAAUGCGGCGUUGUUAUGGCCAAUUUGUUUGGCUCUUUACUUUUCGGGAGCAGAAAGCAUACACUGGGGACGAUUGCCAUGGACGGCAUUACUUUCAGCAAGCAUUUUGCACUUAGUUGCAAACAUGCUUGGUAACUUCAGUAUUGCUCUGACCUACGACCUGUUCAUUACGCUAGGAUUGAUCACCGCUGUACCUGUAUCUGCUGCAUUGGAUGUUCUUUUAUACGGAGCCCAUUUCAUGGGGAUGAAAUUGGCAGGAAUGAUUUUUAUAGCGGUUGGCUUCUUUCUCGUGAUGUUUCCAGAUAAUUGGCCAGAUUAUAUAACCAGGCUGCUUCGAAAUAUAGUCCUCAUGAGUCACAGUUCGAGAAAACCAUCCACGUUUCACCUGUCACGGUAUCGAGAUCUGCAUGGGAGAAAUCUUGAAUAUCGUACACAGUUUUGUCGAUGGAGUAGAAGACACGGACACGGCGUAUCAGGAGGCACGCAACGCGACGUGAUCGAUUAUCGCACGGGUUACAUAAAAUCACACCUUCGUUCACCGUCGGGAAGAGUUCGGUGACUAGGUGUGCUAUCGCUUCAAUUACAGGUAGAAUUGAUUUGCCAAAGAAAUAAUGUAUGGACUUUCAAAACGUUAACAUUUUAAUCGAAAAAGUCCCAAAAGAAUGCCGGUAAUAACAAAUACGGUAAGCAAUAUCGGAAGGGAUUCUUCGUUGCAAUAAAAAUUCAUUCCAAUUUUUUUUUUAUUGUAUUUGUCUUUUAGAAUACUAAUAAAAGAAGUUAAAAGAAGCUAUUAUAAAUUUUCUCUUUCAAUAAUUCUAAAAUAAGUAUGCAUAUAUUUUUAUUGAAAAUCCUAAACCAAAUAAUUUUCAGAUAAGCGAUUCAGUAAAUAUUACCUUUUUUCUUCUCAAGCUGUACGACAUUCUUCAUCACAUGAUUUAGAUUGUUUGUUUUUGAUCAAUUAAUCCGUAUUAUUAAGUAAAGAUUAUAAUUAUGUGUAAAAGUGAAUGGAUCCAAAUCGACAAAAGUUCUUAUUGAAGCAUUAUAGUAAAUCAUAUAUUUUAUAUUUUAUAAGUAUGGAACACCUUUAGAAAAUUUGUUAUAAAAAACUAUAUCGUAUUUGAAUUCAAUAAUAUUUUUAUCGACUUCGAAUUUAUUUUUAGUUAUACAAUUACUUCAUAUUUUUUUAUAAAAUUCAGAAGAUUUAGAGAAACUUUCAGAAGAAAAUACAGAAACACGUGAGAAUGAAUAUAGCACGUGUAUAUGUGUAUAUGUACGUUUUUUUGACCGAGUGUAUACCUAUGUGUGUUUGAUUGAUGAUUACUUUGAAUAUGUAAAUGUUUAAGAAUGUCUGUCUCGUACGAGGGUUGAAGGAUGCUGUGUCGAAAGUUGAAACGUAUCUGAACUGCUCAAACGUUAGGAAUGUCUCCAUCUCGAACCAACCUUUCACAUUGCCGUAGCGCGUUUUUCUCUGGUAAAGCUGAGAAGUUAUCUGAAGUAAUGAGAAGUAUUCUGGUUAUGCGGAAAUUGAGUUUUCCGGGUUUUCUUGGCAACUUGUAUCCUUACAAUAUGCUUCCAAAUUAUCCUUUGGAAAUACCGAAUUUAUAACAUAUCCAUGGCUAUUGAGUGCGAAAUAAAUUAAAAUUCUAAAGAGCGAUUUGUCUAUGACCUCCCUAGAUUCCAGCUCAAAAGUAGCCCCCUGUACAAUCGUUCUAUAAGCUUUUCUGACAAAGACCUCGCGUGGCGAAAGACCUCUUUUGUGUGUUCCAGAUAGAACAAUUUCCAAACAUAGAAAUAAGAUUAAUCAAUCAUGUAUGUACCACUUUGAUCGAUGACAUUAUUCCAUGUUUCUGGUAGUUGAAAGAUCUUCUCCUUGUAGAAUUCUUGAGAUUUAGCGAAAAAUUGACCUACGUGGUUUUAGCAGGAAUUGCCAUUUCCUUCCUGAAUUUUCGAAAUCAUUGCAAAAAGAAAAAAAAAAAAAAGAAAAAGCGAAAGAAAGAAAAGAAAUCAACUUUAUGAAAAUAUCAAUAAUGUGUAAAGAUUAAGUAAUAAUUUUGCUUGUGAUGCUUCAAUUAUUGAUUUCGUUAGCCUUUAUCAUUUUGGUGACUCUAUAUGAUACUAAGAAGAAAAUCAUACGAGUAUAUAAACAAUUUUAUUAAAAAUCUUUGUAACAUUUUACAUAGCAUUUUAUUUUGGCUACGAUAAAUAUCUCAAUUAUUGAAAAAUAAACCUGUCUUUUUAUGGCAUUCAAAUAAUCUGCUACCUAUUUUAUAUUUAUUAUUCUAUCAUAGAAUAAUGAAAUUAUUUAAAAUGAAUGUGUAAAAGUAUUAAUUACAUAAUAUUAUUAAAUCUUAUUAAAUCUAUCGUAAAGUAGGAAAUUUUGCUUAAUAAUGCAAGUUAUUUUCAGUUAGAGAAAUAUAAUAAUAAGAAACGUUUGUGACAACACUGAAUGGCUGAAUAGAAUUUUUAUAUCCAAUUUUAAACGAAAAGAAAUUUUAUCGAAAUAAUUCUCUAUAAAAAAUGGCAACAACUUGUUUUACUUUACAAAGUAGAUUUUCUAUUAAAUGAGUAAAUUAUGAGUUCCGUAAAAGAUUAUUAUACAACAAUAUCGUUAUUAUACAAAAACAAUCCAUUCGAAAAAAUACUGAAGAUUAUUAAUAUACAACAGAAUUAUAAUUAUAACAAUUAUAAUAUUAAAAUUAAGAGUAGAUUAUAGGUUUGUUGAUCGAAGAGCGAAUAAAUUUUAACUUGUAUUUUAAGUAAUGUCUUAUGUAGAAAUUACUAUAAAUAACUACUGUUAAUAUGUAUUAAUUAAAUUAUUAUUAGUAACUACCUUAAAUAUAUAAAAUUACUUAAUUGUGUCGUAUUAUAUUUUAAACGGAUACUGUUUUCAUUAACGUCGUAUAUUGAACUUCGAUAAGCUGAUUUGAUUACAAUAAAAUUGUAUUCAAUUAAAGUAAUAUUUUAUUUAAUUUUCUGGUAUUUAAAUAAACAAAGAUUAUGCCAUUAACCACCUAGUCAAGUGUCUAACUGAUUUUCUAAAUGUUGAGUGGAAAGCAAAGUUGGAAGUUAAAAAACAUUUUCUUACAAUUAGUGUUAUAUUUGAAAAUUGAUUAUUUAAAUAUGUAUAUUAUUUGGUAUUGGUUUGGAUUCAUAGCUUUCAUAAGAUAUAAAAAUGCUUAUGUGUUCGAUGUAGACCAUACUAAAGGCUAGUCCAGAUUCACAUACAAUUGCCGCAGAGAAUCCGCUGAAAAAUAUACUUAUGCUAAUAUAUAAGUACUUAUAUACAAACAUUGCAUAGCGAAAGUGACUGCUACAGUCACUUGGCGGACAAUUUCUGUUAGUCUGGGCUAGGUUACGUGAACCAGCUUACACACUCGUAUAUGGGAUCGUCUAAAUAUCUGUAAUGUAUUACCUAUAUUUAAGCAUAUGAAAAAAUAUGUGUAUAGAAGGUAUAUUAUAUUAGCUUCUUAAAAAAUUUUAGAUACUUUCAGAAUAAAAUAUUUUUAGAUUAAACGAUGAGAACACUAUUACAUUUGUGUUUAUAUUCUUUAUAUGAAUGUAAAAUAGGGUUAUGGGAUUACAUUAAAGAAAACAUGAAUUUAACUUUCAAAUAUCUUAAAAAUUGAUCUUUAGAAAAAUUAUUUCUCUAUCAUUUUGUUUUUCCUUUUGAGCAGUUCAAUUUGCUCUAAAUAGUUUCUUUAUGUACUGAUAAUUAAUCAAUUAGAGAUAUUUACGUGACCCCAUUGAAAUGCUCUACUUGGUACAUACAUAUAAUACAGUAUGUUUUGUCUUUUUUUAGCAGUAUAAUCAAAGAACGAAGUUAUUUAUGCGAAAAUUGUUUGAUUUGAAAGAGAAAAUAAUGUGGUACUUCUAAAUCUUACAAUCUUGUUAAUUGGAUCGGAUGGAACACCGUAAAUUACUUUUGUUCUUUUGCGUUAAAAAUAUCAUAGUAUGAAAAUUCAAAUUACAUUGUAUUCAUGUUGUACUAUACUUUCAAAUGAAUUUAAAUUUAAUGAGUUAAACUUAAAUAGUACUUAUUUAUUAUCAAUUGUAUCAUUAUUAAUCGACGUUCAAAUAAUAUAAUAAAAAUAAAACAACGCUGAUAGGAAAUAUUUAUAAUUCUUGCAAUCAUUAUUUAAGUUUAUCAUUAGAUUUCUUCAAAUAAAACGUUUUAUAUACUGAGUUCUUAAAUUAUUAUCAAUUCUAAACGAUGUGAAAUUAACAAGAUUAAUACGGAAUUUAUAUUUUUUAGUAAAUUUAAUUCAUUUAAUAUAUUUGUAACUAAAUUUAACUCAUAUCGUUGGUUUGUUAUUUUAUAUUUCUAAAUUUAUGUAAGUAACGAAUUACAAAUAGUUACAAAUAUAGAAAAGUAAAUCUGUAUAUAUGAAAGUAUACAAGUACAUACAUAUACAUACGUAUACUUCAAUUUAUACGUAUUGUUAGUGAUUAUACUGUAAAGUGGUUAAAAAUCGUUUCUAUUAAUGUUAUGUACUCGCUUCACCCUUGCUAGAAACUGUUUAAUUUUUUAAAGUGCUUUACUAUCAGAGAAACGACGAAUUUCGUUUUCUGUCUAAUGUUUUCCAUUAACAGUAUUAGUAUAAUGUACUAUAGACAAAGUUUAUAAUUCUACAAAUAUGUGAUUUAUAUGUAUACUAUGUAUAAAGACAAUCAAAUAUCAUAGCAAUAGAUAAAGUAGAUAAGAAGAAUUUUUCUUUGAAUUAUCGCAUGUUAUAAUUAUCUUGCGGUCUUAUAUGAAGUUGUUAUUCUAUUACACAUGUAAAGUAUAUAUAUAUAAUAUCUUGUUAUCUUGACGUGAUUUGUUAUCUGACUUAAUAUUUUAACAGUUUAGUCUUAAUUUAUUAAAUAAAAUAAAGAGAGCAUUACCAAAGUUCUUUACCAAAGUGUUCUUAUCAACAAAUAGUAUCGUCGAUUUUUGUUUUAGACGGUAAAAGAUUAGGAUAUUCGCUC